AUGAAUACAUUACCUGAUAAACGUUAUGGUCGUGAAUACAUUCAUUUUUCAAGAGAAGACCUUCCUUAUGGGGGAUGGGGUGGCGGAACAGAUAAUCCAAGUGGUGCUAUUCCGGGCGCUUACUAUGGUACUGGAAUCAAUCCCAACUAUGGUGACCUUGGACCAGUCAGAAAUGAUGUUGACAGUAGCAUCAAUGUAAUAAGUUAUAAUCAAGGUUAUUCUCCGAACAGCGGUCUUAUUUCGAAUUGGGAUCAACAUCAACAGCAACAGCAACCAUACAAUUUAUUCAACAAUAAUUAUAAUAAUGCAUUUCACAGACCAAAUGUUAACAAUUAUUUUAAUCGACCAUACAAUCGCUAUCCACCUGGAAGUCAAGGAUGGUAUGCAACUGGUGGUAAUUAUUGGUAUAAUAAAGGACAAUCAAUUAUUCCGCAUAUCUGGUUUUUGAUAACAAGCAUUCUAAUUUUGAUUAUUUGUAUGUAG